AUGACUAAAUUUCAGUUCGUUGGCCAACAGCUAGAUAAUGACCUGGUUAUAUCAAUUUCUUGUCUGCUUGAUGCGGCGAAUGUCCCGAAUCUUCUUUGGGGCAACUAUCUAUUGACCAUCUACGGAAUUCCCACGAUUGUUGACGGCGUGUCCUUCGUCGUACCUGAUUCACUCAUCGAAACCUCCUUCUCUACCCUUUUCGAAGCUGGCUUCCUUCCCUGCCCACGACACACAGAUUGCCUGCGUUCGGGUUCGGCACAAUGCCAGCCGCCUUACAGGCAUCUACAUAUCGACGAUGAGCUUGUGAUAUCGUUGUAUCGCAAGUCGGAUACUCUUUGGGAAUUUCCAGACUUUGAGGCUGCUUUCCACGACGCCGGUUCGGACAUUAUGUUCGCCUCUGACGUCAGACUUCCGCCAGCUACUUUAGGUCGCGGUCGAGGGCGCUUUCUACAACCGAGCCCUGUCCGAAUUCCAAGUGCCCUGAGAUACUGUGAAUCCCUUAUUCUUUUGCUUUGUCGUGACCACGGCAGUGCCUGCGAGACUUACUGGAUGGCAAUCCUAACUUACAUGCUGGAGUUCGUUGAUGGAACGGUGAUUUUCAAUGAAGAAGGUCUAAGAGAGGGAUACAAGCAAUUUUAUCAUGCACUAGAAUUGGGCGAUCCAACGAUGUAUCGAAUUUUAGAGGGGCUCCGCCGUGAUUUGACAAGGAAAGCGGCUUCUCCCAGUCAAGGAGGAUUGACAGACUCGAUUCAGUUCAGGUGUUCCGCUUUCACUCAAUAA